AUGGACGUGAAGCGGCUGCUGUGGGAGUCCAAGCUGGCGGUGGCGCUGUGCCUGCUCAUCAUGGCGCGCUGCGUGGAUCGUGUGCUCUACACACGAAUCACGUACGACUACACCGAGUUCCUGUGGUACUUUACGAACGUGAUUCUCCCCGUCGCCUUUUUGGUCUCGUCGGCUCCCGUUGUAGCCUACAAGAUUUACUUUACCGAUGACAUCACACCGGAAAUGCGCGAGUUCCCGCACUACAAAUACAUGCUCAUGGCGCUGUUCGACACGCUUUACAACCUGCUGGGCGCGUUCCCCACGCCUCACAUCGGGGGGAACAUGGCCAAUGUGCUGAACCAGCUCAACCUUCCGUUCAACAUGGUGCUGUCCUACAUGUUUCUACAGACGCGUUUCAAACGCGGUCACAUCUUAGGCUCCAUCCUCGUGCUGUAUGGCGGAAUGGUCAACCUGAUCCCCGCUCUUACUGGUCAAGACAAUGCAAAUACACCCGACCCAAGUAUAGGAUGGAUCAGUCUCUACAUCGUGUCGUUGGUGCCAGCUGCAGCGUCGAAUGUGUACAAGGAGAUCGGACUCAAGGACGUGGAUCUGGAUAUCUGGUACGCCAACAUUUGGAUCAGCUUCUACCAGCUCAUCAUCGGCUUCGCUACGAUAUGGACUGUACGUAUCAGAGCGUUCAGCGAUCCUCCAGUGCCCUGGGCCGGCUUCCCGUCCUACCUGUGGAAAGCUCACGAGUGUUUCAUCGGAAACGAAGUGGAGCUGAACGGCAAGGACUUGCCAUGUGACUCUGGUGUGCUGGCGGUCUUCCUGGUCUUCAUAGUAUUCAAUACGAUAUACAACCAGCUCAUGCUGUACAUCUUCAAGGAAGGCAGCAGCGUUCUCUUUGUGGUGUCAUCGGCUGUGGGGCUCCCGCUGACGGAUCUACUGUACAUGAUUCCUCUACUUACGGGUAAAGCUGCCAGUCAGGCGUUCACGAUCUACGAUGGCUUCUCUCUUUUCGUACUGGUCAUGGGAUUGCUGGUGUAUCAUUCCGAAAAGGAGGAGCGCAAGCGUGGCACUGAGUCUGUGGAGAAGUCGCCCAUGUACGCGUCGCCGUCACUCCAGAAGACGCACCUCAUGCGUAAGCGUCGUGGAAAAGUGGUCUAUCGUCAGAGUCCCAUGAUUCGUCGCAGUGGCAGCGGCAGUGACAUCUCGCAGCUGCUGUUAGCGCGCAACGCCAACAGGAACAACUAUGGCUCCAACGGCAACCCCACGACUCGCCAAACCGAUGACAAUGCCUAG